AUGGGAUAUAGAGUAAUUGGUUUUGGAUAUAAGGAAUUAUAAUAAAAUAUAAAUUUAAAAACGUAAAAAGAGAAGAUAUUGAAAAUAAUUUAAUUUUUUAGGUUUUUAAUUUUAGAAAAUAAACUAAAAGAUGAUAGUGCAGAAAAUAUAUAAAUAUUAAAAAAUGCAGAAAUUAAUUGUAAAAUAAUAUCUGGAGAUAAUCUUUUGACAACUGUUAAAUGUGCUAAAGAUAGUAAUAUUUUAGAUGCUAAAGAUAAUAUUAUAAUAUUAAAUACAAUAAAGGACGCUUAUUAUUUAAAUAAACCUUAUGAAAAAAUUGAUAUUACUUAGCUAUUAAAUAGUAAGUAGAUUGAUUUUAAGUUAGGAGUUACUGGGACUGCACUUAUAGAUAUUUAAUAAAUGAACGAUUAACAAUUAAUUAAAAAUAUUCUUGAAAAUACAUUAGUAUUUGCAAGAUGUAAACCAGAAUAGAAAACUGAAGUUAUUUACUUGCAUUAAACUUUAUUUAAUAAAAAAGUUGGAAUGAUAGGUGAUGGAUCUAAUGAUUGCUCAGCUAUUAAAUAAGCAGAUAUAGGCAUAUAAUAUAUAUAUAUAUAUAUAUAUAUAUAUAUAUAUAUAUAUAUAUAUCACAUAUUUUUUUUUUAAUUUAUUAUAGGAGUUUCAUUUUAUGAAACAGAUGCGUCUUUUUCAGCACCUUUUUCAUAUUAGAAAAAAUCAAUAAAUUGCAUAACUAUAAUUUUAGCAGAAGGUAGAUGUGUUAUAUCAAACAUGAUUGAAUGUUAUAGAUACUAUGUUACUAUUAAUGUUUAUAAAUUUGCUGUAGCCCUUAUUUUACUUUAUGAAUAUAGCAAUUAUUCUAAUUUUUAAUUAGUAUAUAUAAAUUAUUUUAUUGCUAUUCCUUUAUUGUCAUUUGUUUCAUUAAGUAAACCUUUAAAAGGAUUAAGUAAAACUAGACCUAAUUGCAAUUUAUUAAAUAAAGAGAAUGCUUUCCGUAUGGGAAGCUAGUUUAUAUUAGGAUCAUGUGGUCUUUUCGCAUGUUAUUAUCAUUAUAUAUAUUAAGAUUUUUAUUAGGAUAUAUAAUCUUUAAAAAAUGGGCAUCUGUAUAAUGAUUAAAAUAUUGCUAUUAACAUUAUGUUUUUAGCAAGCAAUAUUUUUUUUUUAAUUACUUCAAUUACCUAUUAUGUUUCUUAGACUUUUAAAUAAAGAAUGUAUAAAAAUCGGAUGUAUUUUAUAUGGUUUCUAAUAUUAUUAAUAUAUUCAAUUUUAUUAUAUUUGUUUAUUGAUAUUUUAGGCUUUAGUGCUUUCUAGAUUGUAAAAGAAUUGCAUAAUAAGAAAAAAUUUUUAAUUGAAUAAUUAGUUAUUGUACUUAUUUUUAAUAUUAUAAUUAUAAUUUGGGAAGAAUGUGUAAUUAAAUAUAUUUUUUCCAAUAAAAUAAAAAAACUAUGA